GCAGGUAAAAUAAAUCCGCGGUCAGUAGUAAAGGACGGUGAUGUUUUGAGGCUGGUACCAACUUACCACAGGGACAACAAGUUUAACAUGGGAGACGGUUGCUGCAGUAACGGUGUCCAGCUGUCGGACCCACAGCUUUUUGACAGAUACUUUGAGAAACUGGUGCAUGAGUUGGUGGAGCAGGACUUCACUGACCCGGUGCUCAGUGAUGCUCUCAAAAGGCUCAGGGAGGUCCUGUGUUACAAUGCUGCAGGAGGCAAGAGAAACCGAGGCCUGUCUGUGAUAGGGUCGCUGCGUGAGCUGGUCGCACCAGCCAAACUGUCAGCUGAAGAAGUGGAGCGUGCCCUACUGGUUGGAUGGUGCAUUGAACUGCUUCAGGCUUUUUUCUUGGUAGCUGAUGAUAUUAUGGAUGCAUCCUUAACACGGAGAGGUCAGCCCUGCUGGUAUAAGAAGGAAGGCAUCGGCCUGGAUGCUAUUAAUGAUGCUUUUCUGCUGGAGGGAUCCAUCUACCGCCUGCUGCGCAGACAUUGCAGAGGGCAGCCGUACUAUGUCCAUCUGCUGGAGCUAUUUACUGAGACCUCGUUCCAGACUGAGCUGGGUCAAACCCUCGAUCUGAUGACCGCUCCUCCACACAAGGUUGACUUGGACCGUUUUACUAUUGCUAGGUAUAAAGCCAUCGUGAAAUACAAGACUGCAUUUUAUUCAUUUUACCUCCCGGUGGCUGCAGCCAUGUACAUGGCAGGAAUUGACAAUGAAGUGGAACACACCAAUGCCAAACACAUCUUGCUCGAAAUGGGAGAGUUCUUUCAAAUACAGGAUGAUUACCUGGAUUGCUACGGUGACCCUGCCGUAACAGGCAAGAUCGGCACUGACAUUCAGGACAACAAAUGCAGCUGGCUGGUGGUGACUGCACUGGGGGUCAUGACCCCUGAGCAGAGGGCAGAGCUCCAGGUAUGUUACGGCCAGAGUGAUGCUGAGAGUGUUGAACGAGUGAAGGCUCUUUACGACACUUUGGAAAUGCCCAUCCGAUACCACCAGUAUGAGGAACAGAGCUAUUUACGACUGCAAAAUCUUAUCCAGUGCCAUGCUCAGAACCUUCCCCAUGCUGUGUUCCUCAACUUCGCCAAGAAAAUAUAUAAGAGAAACAAAUGAGACGGGUUUAUGGACAGUGUAUGACUGCAGUUUUAUGGUUUAAGCAGACAAGCUACACACUUAGUACAUCAGAGCUAUCAGAGCAGUUCAUUUACCAGUAAUGUAAAUACAGUUUGUCAUGAAUGUAGAUAAGUUUGUCAUAAAUAUGGUAAUAUAAUCAUUUUCACAGUCAUUUUACAUGGUUGUAUUUUGGGUGGAACUGGUGUACUGAGGGGAAAAAAUGGAUGGUAUAUUUAAAUGAUUAAUUGUUAAUAAUUAUGAUUGAUUGCUUGAAUGUACACCCGGUCAUACAGCUUUUACCCAGUGCACCUUGUGUACAUUGCCUAAAAUUUUGAUUAAGUACAGUUUUCUAAUAACAUCUUUAUGGUUCUGUCAGAAAGGGUAUUAAUAUUCUUAUACAGAUAUGUUUCAAUAAGUAUUGACAUUAUUUUAUAUGUUUCAUCUGUCUGGAAAGUCUAACAGUGUUGGUUCAUCAGUGUGGUUGGUACCAGUCUCAUGAGUCAUUGUGGUCUCAUGGAUCACGUGGUUCUUUUAUAGCUUUGUGGAUUGUUUAUAGAGUAGAUGACCAAAUAGACUCAAUUUCCUAAAUCUCUUUAUGCAAACCUCAAAAUGGUUUACCAAUCCAAAUGCAGCUGCAAAAUCUAGUAGAAAUUAAACCCAGUUAGCACAGUGGUUAAAAUGCAAUUUAAAAGAAAUAAAUUGUUUAAAGUAAAAAGCAAUGUUUUUAAAACUGUAAAAUCUGUAACAUUAAUACUGUAAACCUGAAUGACGCAAAUAUAUAUUUUAAUAAAAUACCGCAAAAUGAUCUUUAUAAUUAAAGAGAAACAUUUUAAAUUGUGGUGCAGAGAUUACAAAGUUAUAAACUAUAAACAUAUAAAAUUUUAUUUUUGAAAUUUUCCAGUUGAAGUACAGUAUAUACUACAUGGCCAAACCUAGGUUUAUGGGCAUUAAUUUUGAGUUAGAUCCUCAUAUGCUGCUUAUCUGUUUUUAGUCUUUUAGGUAAGCUUUGCAGCAUAAUUUUGAAGAUGAAUGUGAAGAUUAGACUUCCUUAGAAGUCAGUUAAGUUUGAACACUGACGUUGAGUGAUAUGGGUGGCAAUUAAAUUAAAAACCACAACCACCGCAAUGGGGCAAAUGAAAAUUAUCCUGUUGUUGCAGUUGCUAUUGUUUACAUUCACCAUUGCAUAUUUGCUCUCAGCGUCUCACUGAGAAUGCCAUUACAGCCUCACUUAACAGCAAACUCAUCCUAAUUCCAAAAGCCUUUACUCCGGGUGCUCCGGUUUCCUCCCACAGUCCAAAGACAUGCAAGUGAGGUGAAUUGGAGACUCUAAAUGGUCCGAGACUGUGUUUGAUAUAACCUUGUGAACUGAUGAAUCUUGUGUAAUGAGUAACUACCGUUUCUGUCAUGAAUGUAACCAAAAGUGUAAAACAUGAUGUUAAAAUCCUAAUUAACAGACAAAGGUAACUACAUAUAUAACCAAGAGUAAGACAUUUGUUAGUCAACUCAAAUAAAAGGAGCCAGACAAACAUAAA